CUCUGGCCCCUUUUACCCCCUGCCUAGUGCCUUCCUCCGGAUGCUCUUUCCUGAGAAGCUGGAUGCAGACAAGAAGGGGCGCCCCACCACCGCCGGCUCCAAGAUCAAGAAACAAGCCAACGACCUGGUGGCCACCCUGAAGCGGUGCACACCCCACUACAUCCGCUGCAUCAAACCCAAUGAAACCAAGAGGCCCCGGGAUUGGGAGGAGAACAGGGUCAAGCACCAGGUGGAAUACUUGGGCCUGAAGGAGAACAUCCGGGUGCGCAGGGCGGGCUUCGCCUACCGCCGCCAGUUCUCCAAGUUCCUGCAGAGGUACGCCAUUCUGACCCCGGAGACAUGGCCGCGGUGGCGCGGGGACGAGCGCCAGGGAGUCCAGCACCUGCUUCGGGCGGUCAACAUGGAUCCCGACCAGUACCAGAUGGGGAGUACCAAGGUGUUCGUCAAGAACCCGGAGUCGCUCUUCCUCCUGGAGGAGAUGCGAGAGCGGAAGUUCGACGGCUUCGCCCGCACCAUCCAGAAGGCCUGGCGGCGCCACGUGGCCGUCCGCAAGUACGAGGAGAUGCGGGAGGAAGCCUCCAGCAUCCUGCUCAACCAGAAGGAGCGGAGGCGGAACAGCAUCAACAGGAACUUCGUUGGGGACUACCUGGGGCUGGAGGAGCGGCCGGAGCUGCGCCAGUUCCUGAGCAAGAGGGAGCGGGUGGACUUCGCCGACUCGGUCACCAAGUACGACCGCCGCUUCAAGCCCAUCAAGCGGGACUUGAUCCUGACCCCCAAGUGUGUGUAUGUGAUUGGGCGAGAGAAGGUGAAGAAGGGACCUGAGAAGGGCCAGGUGCAUGAAGUCUUGAAGAAGAAGUUGGACAUUCAGGCUCUCCGAGGAGUCGCCCUCAGCACGCGGCAGGACGACUUCUUCAUCCUCCAAGAGGACGCUGCCGACAGCUUCCUGGAGAGCGUCUUCAAGACCGAGUUCGUCAGCCUCCUGUGCAAGCGCUUCGAGGAGGCGGCGCGGAAGCCCCUGCCCCUCACCUUCAGCGACACACUACAGUUCCGGGUAAAGAAGGAGGGCUGGGGUGGAGGCGGCACCCGCAGCGUCACUUUUUCCCGCGGCUCCGGCGACGUGGCCGUGCUCAAGGCUGGGGGCCGGGCCCUCACGGUCAGCGUGGGAGACGGGCUGCCCAAGAACUCCAAGCCUACACGGAAGGGAAUGGCCCAGGGAAGACCCCGGAGGUCGGCCCAGGCCCCAACUCGGGCGGCCCCCGGGCCCCCUAGAGGUCUGGACCGCAAUGGGGUGCCUCCCACUGCCAGAGGGGGCCACCUGCCCCUGGAGAUAAUGUCUGGAAGGGGCUCGCAGCGGCCUCCCAGGGGCCCACCAUCCUCAACCCUGGGGGCCAGCAGACGCCCCCGGGCACGGCCGCCCUCAGAACACAACACAGAAUUCCUCAACGUGCCUGACCAGGGCAUGGCCGGCAUGCAAAGGAAGCGCAGCGUGGGGCAGCGGCCCGUGCCUGGUGUGGGCAGACCCAAGCCCCAGCCUCGGACACACGGCCCCAGGUGUCGGGCGCUGUACCAGUAUGUGGGCCAAGACGUGGACGAGCUGAGCUUCAACGUGAACGAGGUCAUUGAGAUCCUCAUGGAAGAUCCCUCGGGCUGGUGGAAGGGUCGACUGCAUGGCCAGGAGGGACUCUUCCCAGGAAACUAUGUGGAAAAGAUCUGAGCUGGGCCUGGGAUUCCGCCCUCCUGCCCGCCCACCCAUCCGCCUGCCCGCCGGGGCCCAGGCACUGCCUGCAGGAACCUCGUU